UAUUUGCCAUUAUCCAAAGUAGAUAUUUUAAGCCAAUAUAUACAAUUAGAGGACCAAUCUUUAGAGAUAAAAUGGAUGAAGGCGAAACAUGGGGUGGCUACAACGACUGGGAGCAAGUCAAAGUCCAAACACAUUCAAGCUCAAUCCAUCAUCAGUCCACACCACCAGCUGAACCAGACAUUGUUCAUCGAGGACUCGAAAUGUCAUCGGGUGAUGAAGCAGAGGUUAAUUCAUCAGUCGCCUCUAACAAUGGGGAUGAACCUAAUUCAGGGCCUUUGAAGAAAGCUAACGAGUUUGGUCGAAUCCUGAGUAAUGGGGUUGUAAAAGUUGCUGCUAGACUUGGAUAUUAUUUGGGGAUUUGGCCUUUUGGGGCAAUUACUGGUAUUUUAGCCGCUUUGUUGGUGCCAUAUGUGUAUGCUAAAAUGAGGAAAUGGCGUGCAAGAGUCAAGGAAGAGAAGAAGGAUCCCUUGAUUCUUUUGAUUCAAGAGAAAGACCAGAUGAUCAACAAGCUGCUUAUUCAAAUUGCUCAUAUGAAAGAGCUGAUAUCUACACAACGCAGGGUUCCAGUGCUUCGAGUCAGUUGACUGACCAUUUUUAUCAACAUGGAAUCAUUUUCACUCAUGAUUUCCUUUGCAAGUUUUAGUCAGUUUAUGAAUUUUUACAGUACCCUUUUGUAUAUGCAACAGAAAACAUAUAUAUAUAUCUCGAUAUACUACUCCCAUAUUUGUACAA